AUCGGAUGGGUCGUCCUACAUUGCUCAACGGGAGACAUUUACGGUGAACUUAAAUGCACGAACAUGUAGCUGUGGUCAAUGGGUAACAUUUCACCUCCCGUGCAAUCAUGUCCACGCAGUAUGUCAUUUUUGUAAUGUCACCGUGGAUCAUUUGAUUCCAAAUAUUUUUUCAAUUCAGUCCUACAUCAAUGCUUACUCUGGCAUCAUAAUGCCGCUACCGGAUGAGUCUCAAUGGCCUACUCCAAAGUACGAGCGGAGGAAGCUUUCGAAGAGAUGUACCACCUGAAUCCACUCCUCCGUCCUGACGGUCCGGUGGGCGAAUUCGGCCGCGCCUCGAUUUUGGAUGCGGUGCCUCUCUGUAUGACGGUCGCCGUGGCAUCGUCGUCCAGGGCGCCGCCUUCUAGGGCCAGAAAAUCGAAGGCCACUAAGAAAAAGACCUGCAAUUCCCUGCCCGUUACCGUGCUGGAAACAGAUUCCAUUACAAAUACAUUCUGCCAGUUGUUGGAUACUGAUUUUGACGAAGCCCUUUCUCUUUGUAGGGGAGGGAAGCUCUUGGAAGAGUGCCGGCUGAAACCACCCCACGUGUACACGGUGUGCACGGAGCAAAACCUUGGGAAGGUGGGAAUCCUUAUCUCUCUCGAGCGACAGUUCGAGUUGGCCGAAGCCGUCCGGGGGGCUCAUCCCAAGCACGGUCUCAAAGGGACCGCCCCGGGUCCGAUAGCAGAAGAAUCGGAGGAGACGGACGAGGACGAGGAGAUAGAGGCCGAUGAAGAGUCGGGUCAGCCGUCCUGCUCCGAGGAUGAGGAAACAUGCAACGGCUCCAACUCGCGCGAAAAGUCAAGGUGCAAGCCUAGAACCGAGGCCGAGAGGUGGAGACGCGUCGCGGACUGCCAUCCAGGGAUACCUCGGGGUCCGCUGCGGCCGUCCCUGGCCAGGAGGUGGUUCCGGCCCGGAACUAAAGGAAAAGGAAGAUCCUGCUGGCCGAGGCGGAGGAAGUCGUGCACGAGCAGUACGUGCUUUUGGCGGAUAGUCCCCAAGCCAAACGCCCGGCCGUGCAAGAAGGAGACCGUGGACGGGUUCCACAAGGCGAUGCAGAAGACCGUGCAAGGGUUUCACAAAGAGGUGACGGCAAAACUAGGUCUCAUUAGCGAUCGCCGGUCUCGGGCGGAAUUCUCUUUGGGGGUGAAUUUCCUGGCCUCGGUGGAGACGGAGCUGUCCCGCCUGAGGAAGCUGGCCAAUGCCGAGCAUGAGCAGCUGACUACUUCGAUGGCCGAGCUCGAGGACAGAUUGCGCCAAUCCGAGGGCCAGAGAGCCGAGAUGGACAUCGAACUGGCCGAAGCCGUCUCUUUGCAACGCUCGGCCGAAGCGGAAAGGGAUCGGGCCGUUGCCGAUUUCCUCCAGUCCCAGCCUUCAAGGAAGCUUGCAAGGACAAGAUCUGUCAUUGUUGCAUCAUCUGAGAUUCAUAGAGGUGAUGAAUGUCUUGAUCUUGAGGUGGAGGUUCCAUCUGCACGGAUUGAGACUGUUGAUCACCUUGAAGAAUCAUUUGUUUCUACGCCUCGGUUCCAUGAAGAGUCAUCUGGACUCAAGGUGGAGUUUGCAUCUGUUGGUGUUUUAGCUUGAGUUAGCUGUCCCCAUGCACAGGGGAAAUCU